AUGCGUGCCGCUCUAUUCUAUGGUAAGGAGGACAUCCAAGUCAAAGAUGUGCCUGAUCCGACAGACUCGUGCGACAAAAUCCUAGUUGACAUCGAAUGGUGUGGGUUAUGUGGCUCUGAUCUUCAUCUAUUUCAGCAUGGCCCAGAAGUCUUCGGAGAUCUGACCAAACACGGCGAAGAGCUGCCGUAUGCUCUUGGCCACGAGUUCUGCGGCCGCGUGAACUCAGCACCACCGGGCUCAGGAUUCAAGCAUGGCGACCCGGUGAUGAUCGACCCCAGGCUUCCAUGCGGACAAUGCAUCGAAUGCAAAAGUGGCAAGGACUACGGAUGCCCCAAGCAAGGCGGCAUCGGCUACAAUCACAGUGGCGGCCUCGCGGAGAAAGUCACUGUACCAGCCAGAAACCUCCACCGGCUGCCGGAAACCGUGCCCCUCGAGUUCGCAGCGUUGAUUGAGCCGUUCGCUGUUGUCAUGCACGCGAUCCGAAAGCUAAAUAUCUCUGACUGGACAGAACAAGACGUCUUGGUUCUCGGAGGAGGUCCUAUCGGCUUCGCUUUGGUGAUUGCGCUACGCAGCUACAAGCCACGGAAAAUCAUUGUGUCAGAGCCGACGGCUGUUCGAAGAGAGAAGAUUGCCCAGUUCGUGGAUCUGGUAGUGGACCCUCUCGAGCGGAAUGUGCCAGCGGCUUGCCGACAGCUCUGCGCCGGCGGGGUCGAUGUCGUGUUCGACUGUGCGGGCUCGGCUCCCGGGCUGGUUGAUGGUCUGGAUGCCUUGAAGUGCGAGGGCAAAUACAUGAAUAUCGCUAUGCACGAAAAGCCGAUGACCUUGUCCGCUCUACCGCUCGCGUUAAAACAUGUCACCAUCAUAUUUUCAGCGGUCUAUAACGCAACCGACAUGGACGAAACCAUCAAAUUGUUUGCACAAGGCACUUUUCACGGCUACGAGGGAAUGGUCACCAAGAGGAUGCUCGUGGAUGAUGUUGUGAAGGAAGGGUUCAAGGAGCUUAUCGAGCAUAAGGACGACCAUAUCAAAAUCCUGAUCACCCCGAAAGCUCAUCUGAUUGAGGGCUAG